CGGGUCGAAGUUUGAUUUUAAUUUUGGAAACCAAAGAGGCAGGAUUAUUCGAGAGGUAGUGACUGAAUUAUGAUGAAUAAGUGAGACAGGUCCUACAUAAAUUAGAAAUGUUUAUAGAGAGCGUGACAAGGAGCACUUAUGCAGAGCAUUGGGUUGGCCAAUUUACAUGCAUAAAGUCUCACGCUUUCCUAGUCCACGCGUGAAUGCUCUCUGUUAUUUCAUUUCAUGCUUUUUUUUUUUUUUUGAAUUUCAAGACCUAAUAGUAUUAAUAAUAAGGUCUCUUUUCUCUGAACCCUUCUACAGCUGACCCCUCCUUCAACUUCACAUUCUUAACUAGAGGAGCGCUUAAGUGGUAGCUAGCUGCUAUCUCUGCGUUAAUUGUGAAAAACCAGCUAUGUCUAUGAUGAUAGAGGUUAGAGUUCCAAACCUUGACUGCUUAGGUUGUGCCUCAAAGUUGAAGAAAGCUCUCCUCAAGCUCAAAGAAGAAGUGGAAGUAGAAAUGGAAAUACAAAAAAUAACAGUGAGGGGGUAUGGAUUGGAAGAAAAGAAGGUGUUGAAAGCAAUAAAGAGGGCAGGGAAAGCAGCAGAGGCGUGGCCAUUCCCAGGACAUUCUCAUUUUACAUCAUUUUACAAGUAUCCCAACUACAUUGUCAACCGUUACUAUGACAGUUAUAAAAAUGUUGCUACCAAUGGUGUUCACACUUUCUUCCACACUCCUGCCGUUUACUCUGUUGCUGUCGCUUCUGAUGAGGCUAUUGCUUCCCUUUUCAGCGAUGACAAUCCACAUGCUUGCUCUAUCAUGUGAUCUAUCAUAUACGUACACAUAUAUAUAUAUAUAUCCUCUAUUAUUAUCUUCCUUGUUCUUAAAUUUGCAAAAUUUUAAUUUGAAGAGCAGAGAUUGUAUUUGAA